UACUUCAUCCACUAUUUUGUUGAUAAAUCUUAUGUUACUCUUUCAUCUUCUCUAUUCUCUCUCUUCCUCAAUUUCUCCAUCGUAUAAUCCUCAAUUUAUUCGCUAUCUAUAGCUUAUAAUUAUAAUCAAACUUCCACAAUGGAAUUAAUGUUGGUGCCACCACCAUGGCUAGAGCAAUUAUUGUCAACCACAUUCUUUUCUGUUUGCAAAGCUCAUAUCAAUGCACCUAGAAAUGAAUGCAACAUGUAUUGCCUUGAUUGUAGAGACCAAUCAUUCUGUUUUUAUUGCAAACAUGCUUGGCAUGACGAUCAUCAAGUAAUUCAAAUAAGGAGAUCGUCAUAUCAUGAUGUUGUGAGGGUGGCUGAGAUUCAGAAGGUAUUGGAUAUAAGUGGAGUUCAAACGUAUGUGAUUAAUAGUGCUAGAGUCCUUUUUCUUAAUGAGAGGCCACAAAAUCAAGUUAAGACGAAUAAUGGUGUUAUUAGUGGGAGUAAAACCAAUCCCCAUUUGUGUGAAAUAUGCAAAAGAAAUCUCUUGGACCCUUUUCGUUUCUGUUCUUUGGGUUGCAAGCUUGUAGGAAUAAAGAAAAAUGGGAAUGCGAGCUUUAUCUUAAGCGCAAAGAAAGACGAGGAAAUAGGAAAAAUAGAGGAAGGAAGGGGAAGAUUAAGGUUGGUAUCAAAGGAAGAAUUAAUAAUGCGUGAAGGAAUCCACAAACAAUUAUACCAAAGCACGUCUUCUCCUUAUUGUCCUCGUUCAUCUCAACAAGCUUGUUCAAAUUCAAGGAGAAGAAAGGGAAUACCUCAUAGGGCACCUUUAGGACCCUAAAGUAAUUAAAUGAUUUUAGGUUCUUAUUAAGGGGAUUUCCAAUUCAAACAUUCAAAAUUUUAUUGUCCGUUCGGGUUUGGACGGUUUAAAAAUAUGUAUAUUGUAAAUUUAAUUUUACAAUUAGAAUUUAGACCGUUUGAUAUCUCGAUCGAAUGAUUAUUAAUGUUUCUUACAAUUAUGUGAAUGUAGAAAAUUCUGAUUGCAUCGAUCUGAUACUUAAAAAUAAUAUAUUGAUAUAGUAUACGUUUUGGGGUGUA